AUGGCCAGAGGGUCGGAGGUUGCUGGCAAGGGGAAGACCCUGGUCCUCACGCUGGCUCUUUUGCUCUAUGUUGUAUUUGCACUACUGUUUGCACUACACAUAUUUUUAAAUGUCAGAUUUUUUUCUGCUUUCUCGCAAGGUCUUCGUUUUGCAUCAACUACAGCCAGCCUCAAAACUGAGAGUGAGGUGGACACAAGGGAAAAUGAGAUUGUUGCCCCAGACUUCACUAACAGGAAUCCUCGGAACCUGGAGCAGCUGGCCCUGGCUAGGAAGGAGCGUGGCUGGAAGACGACGUGGCCAAAGCGUGAAUUCUGGCAUAGAUUACGGCUUGAGCGGACACAGCAUUAUGUAGAAGCCUUUGUUGAGCGCUGUAACGGGGAUGUUGUAGUAUCUGCUUCUACCCGAGAGUGGGCCAUAAAGAGACACCUGUACAGCCCUAAAGGAGUAGCAGCGUGCAAAAACCUUGGCCAUGUAAUGGCACAACGCUGUUUGGAAGCAGGAAUCAACUUUGUGAACUUUAAAGCUGUUAUCCCCUGGGAACAUCGUUGUGACUCGAUUCAGGAAUUUGAAAAAGCUAUGAAGGAGGGUGGUGUCGUUCUGUAUGAGCCACGAAGAAUCUAUCAAUAGAACAGAGACUGUCAGGAAAACUUGCAGAGGAACAACAAUCAUCUGUUUAGGUGUGUAUACAGGCAUGGUGAAGCUCCAGAGCUGGAGCAAGUUGGGGCAUGGCAUCUUAUAAUAAAAUAUCUUUGAAUGGACA